CAGUAGUCAAACGGCUCAACCUGAGAACGUCGUCAGUUUGUUUUCAGGUUUCUUCCUGUGGCUUGUUAUUGAAAGUUCCCCGGAUGAUGGGAACCGCAGAGGGCGUCAGUGCGAUGGUGAUGUAUGAGGACGAGUCCGUGGAAGUUCAUGACAGACACGGAGCUCAUUUGCAGCUGUCGCCGUGUGGCAGUGAAUUCGUCCUGGUUAAAGCCACGGACCCGCUCGGACGUCCUGUGCAGCCCACUGAGCGAGUCCGACAGAGAACCAGGUUCGCCAUUAGCGCCUUUAAGGCGCUAAUGACAACCGCACUGGCGUUCAGGAAUAAGUAUGCCAGUCGACCUUACCUUCCAGGAGAGCUCAUCGCUGCUGACAACAGGAAGCCUUUUUACAGUCUUGACUCCGGUGUUAAGUGGCCUGAGUGUUCGUCUUACAAGCCUGAGUUUGGACCUGGAGGUGAGAUCGUAGUCAGGUCAGAGGAGGGGAGAGCCAUGUUGACGUUGUCGCCGUCUGGUGAGGAAUUCUCCGUCGAGUUCAUGUGUAACCUGAGUCAGCCUCAGCACCAAAUUGUGUGCAGUUUAAACAAAACUGAUGGCAGUCUGAAGAGUCAGCAGCAAGCAAACAGUCAGAAUGACCAGAGACAUCUGGGGAAGGAGUCAACUAAAGCAAACUCUUUUUCCUCGCAUCUUACCAGCACUACUCACCAGCAGCCUGAACAGAUGUACCAGGCCACCACAGUUGUGCAGCAUCACUCUUGCCUUGCCGUUGAUCCCACAUGGGCCUAUCCUCUCUCCUUGGCUCGGCAUCACUGGAUGUCCAGUCUCUCUAACAGUAAAGAUACUAAGUCUGAAGAGCCAAGUAAAUCCAAACAAGCUGAUGAUGAGCUUGACAUAUCUGAUAAAGACAGAGACUCCCAGCUUCCCCAGGCUCUUCCUCUUACAUGUCCGUCACCUCACUGGCACAGGUGGAAGAUUAAGGUGGAAGAAGAAGUAUCAGAUCUUCCAACGGAGCUUGUAAAAAUAUUAUGGUGUCAAGGAGUCACAUACAGGAUACUGAGUGGAGAAAUCCCAGUGGUAGAGGUUUCCCCAGGAGACGGCUCAGUGAUCCGCUCCAACGGUGUCCUAAACUCUUAUUUUACUCAUUAUAAACCCAGGCUUCACUCUGAGGAGGGAAGAGAAACAACAUACCAUUUAAGCAGCCUUCCCCCUGGUACACCUGGACAGUUGUACCCUGUGGGCUCCAUUGUGAGCCGUGCCAGCAGGAUUCUUGUUAGUUAUAACCAGGCCAAGCAUUUACUAAAGUUUCCUGUCAUACACACCUGCCUGCAACAGGUUGUUCUACAUCUGUUUACAUCUCCAGUUCUAGAACUUGUUAAAAUGCCUAAUUUGUUUAUUGUAAUAAAAUUGUGUUUGCAGGACAAAUAUAUUUCUAAAACAAUCCAACUUGAGCAAAAUCCUUCCAGUGCAGUGGAGACGCCACAGACAGCUGGGAGUCUUUCGGAUGUUGUUGCUGCAGAACUGGAGAAGAUAAAGCGUUUCAACUUCCUGCUGGAGAACAACCACCUGCUGAGAAGUGAAAGUAAGCAACGAAACUCAGAAGGAGCAAGUUCAAAGAUCACACAGGAGGAUGAGGUGGUGAAUGAGGACUACAUUGCUGAAGCGCUUCAGAGAACCUCUGAAGCUAUUAAGGAAAUUGAUGCUCUCAUCUCAGCCGCCACGCUGAACUGAGGACUUUUUAUUAUUUUCACCUUUUCUGUGACGUGUAUAUACGGGAAUUUAUGCAUGGCGAGAAUCUGA